AGCUGCAACUUUUCCAGCUGAGUCAGAAUCUGACUCUCGUUCGUUGUUUUCCAUAACUUAAGUCACGUUUAAAACUAACAUUUGAAAAAGAUAAUUAUUUUCGGUAGUCUACGUGUAAUUAGUGUUUGCUAGAAUGUUUCCCAAUUUAUAGUCCGUAAACGUCCUCACUGACUGACUGGAAGCACCUCCUCCUUCAGUGGUGGAACGAUAUCUCGACACAUUUUUCAGGAUUUGCUCUCCGGUUAAGGUUCCAAAUGCUUCAGUUUCUUGACUGAGAUAUUCUCUUGAGUUAAACUUCAUAUCUUGACGAAGGAUUUCCCGAGGAUUACUCACCUGACAUAAUGGCUUCCAAUAUAAUUGUGGAGCAGCAGUUUUCUCACAAAUUCACAGUGACGGUGGUUCGAGCAGAGAGCGUCACCAAGGGAGCACUGGGUGACCUGUUGGACACCCCGGAUCCAUAUGUGGAGCUGUUCAUCCCAACGGCCCCAGAGAGCAGAAAGAGGACCAAGCAUAUAGACAACAACAUCAACCCAAAAUGGAACGAGACCUUUCACUUCAUAUUAGACCCAAACCAGCAGAACAUCCUGGAGAUAACAUUAAUGGAUGCCAAUUAUGUGAUGGAUGAGACACUUGGGACUGCAACCUAUGAGAUCACCAAGCUCAGAGUAGACCAGACAAAGAUGGAGGCGUUCCUCAUUGGCAAAGCAACCAAAGUAUACCUAGAGAUGUCGCUGGAGAUCUGUACCAAACUGGACCUGCGGUUCAGCCAUGCCCUGUGUGACAAAGAGAAGCAGUUCCGACAGACCCGCAGAGAGAGAGUAAUGCUGGGCAUCAAGAAGCUGCUCGACAUGGAGAAGCCUCGUUUCCUCCCCAGCUCUCCAGAGGAGGUGCCGGUGAUAGCCAUAGCUGGCUCAGGAGGCGGUUUCCGUGCUAUGGUCAGCUUCUCAGGUGUGAUGAAAGCCCUGUUUGAGUCUGGGGUCUUAGAUUGUGCCACAUAUGUCGCCGGCCUUUCUGGAUCCACUUGGUACAUGUCUACUCUAUACUCUCACCCAGAGUUUCCAAAUAAGGGCCCAAAGGACAUCAACCUGGAGCUGAUGAAGAGAGUUAGCAGUAACCCACUGAAGCUGUUGCUGCCCCAACACAUGACCAACUACAUCCAGGCACUCUGGGCCAAAAAGGCCUUUGGGCAGCCUGUUACUUUCACCGAUAUCUUCGGUAUGCUCAUAGGAGAGACGCUUAUUCCUGCGAGGAUGGACAUCAAACUAAGUAGCAUCCAGGAGAAAAUAGACCAGGCCCAGAGUCCUCUUCCUCUCUUCACAUGUCUGCAUGUCAAGCCCAAUGUUUCUGAGCUCAUGUUUGCAGACUGGGUGGAGUUCAGCCCGUAUGAAAUUGGGAUGGCAAAGUAUGGCACCUUCAUGACCCCUGACUUGUUUGGAAGCAAGUUCUUCAUGGGAACCGCAGUAAAGAAAUACGAUGAGAACCCGAUUCAUUUUCUGAUGGGUGUGUGGGGCAGCGCCUUCUCCAUUCUGUUCAACAGAGUGCUGGGAGUCAAAGACACAGCUGGAGGCAGCACCAUGGAGGAGGAGUUAGAGCAGAUCAAACCACAGCACAUCGUCGGAGAAGACAGUCUGGACAAUGAUGACGAGCCACGUAAAGGUGGGACAGAGAACCAGGAGGCAGAAGACGAGUACCAUCGCACCGCUCAAGCUAGCUGGGCUCAACGAAUGUUCACGUCACUAUUCAGUGACUCAUCCUUAUUCAACACAAGAGAGGGCCGGGCCGGGAAGGUGCAUAAUUUCAUGCUGGGCCUGAACCUGAACACCAGCAUCCCGAUCUCUCCAGACACUGAGGUCACGUGCCAAGCCCUCCCACCUGAGGAGGAGGUAGACGCUGUCACAGACCCAGAUGAGUUUGAUCGUAUUUACGAGCCUCUGGAUGUAAAGAGCAAGAAGAUCCAUAUAGUGGACAGCGGCCUCACCUACAACCUCCCCUACCCUCUCAUUCUGCGGCCGCAGCGCGAAGUCAACCUCAUCAUCUCCUUUGACUUCUCUGCACGACCCAGCGACUCCAGCCCCCCCUUCAAGGAGCUCCUAUUGGCAGAAAAGUGGGCUCGAAUGAACAAGCUUCCAUUCCCCAAGAUCGACCCAAAAGUGUUUGACCGGGAGGGUCUGAAGGAAUGCUACGUCUUCAAACCAAAAAAAGGCGAAAAGAACUGCCCGACUGUCAUCCACUUUGUCCUGGUCAACAUCAACUUCAGGACAUUCAAAGCACCUGGUGUUCCCAGAGAGACUGAGAUGGAGAAGGAGUUGGCUGAUUUUGACAUCUUUGACGACCCUGAGUCACCAUUCUCCACCUUUAACUUCCAGUACUCCAACGAGGCCUUCACCCGACUCCAUGACCUCAUGGAGUUCAACACUCUCAACAACCUGGAGGUGAUCAAAGAAGCCAUCAAGGACUGCAUCGUGUCCCGGAAGGAGAAUCCCUUGUGCAACUCUCUUCCCUUCUCUCUCAGUGAAAUCCCGAAAAAGAAGUUUCUCAAAAGAGAUCCUCAUGGAAAACCCUGGAACCUCUUUAGAAGUACUAACCAGUAGCCCGAUCUAAGACUUUGGAUAAAGCAGAUUUCUUUUGUAGAUUCUGUCUUAAAGUAAAGCAUUUUCUUUUUGGAAAAUGCUAAAAUGUUGAACUCUUUUCUGCAUAAUUUGAAUCAUACUUUUUGCACAAAGAACCCUAACUUUUACUGGUAAAACCCCGUUUGUGAAAAAGACUGGAUGUUGAAAAUCAACAUUUACUAAACACUGCAGUGUCACUAGAUUGUUACAGCAUCUGGCUCCAUCACAAACAACAGGACAUUGUUUGUGGGUCCUUCCUUUUGUUUUUAUAUUUACUGAGAAACUAUGAUAUCUCUUAGUUCUUCAUGUGGGAAAAAAAUAUCCACCUCAGAUCCAAGUGUUCAUUCACUUCACUUAAAUGCAUAAAGUGCAUUUUCUAUUCCAAUUCACGUGGACACCUCUUGGCUUCAGAUCAUGCUGACGAAAGCAUUUGCAUAUUUCCUAUGACUGUUUAUGCAGCCAGCCAUGUCUAAAUUGUGUUUGGAGCUGUGUGAAUGCACUGUAAGAAGCCUCACCUGUACCAGUAACUGUUUGUCAACUUCUUUCCAUAUUGACUGCAGAACAUGCAAAUCACCAUGUGUUUUUCCUCUCACCGCGAUGGCUUGUGUAAUCCUGUUUGAAAACAUUGAAGAGGAGUUUGUAACCAUUGGUUUUGUUUGAUGGCAACUCCUAAACACGCAACGUGCAACCCCUCUGGAUACCUCAAACAUCUCAAUGAUGCUUACCCACCUACAGGGAAAGAAGCACUCCCUGCUCCAUUGUAGGGAGUGCCUCAUAUUAAAGCCACCAUUUUGUAAAAACAAAACUUGAAGCCAUAGAAACGGCCCCGCUUCUACUCUUUCUCUCUAUCUCUAGGUGUGUUUAUUUUCAUGAUAAUGUUGUUUCAGGCAUUUUUUUUUCUCUGGGCCAUUUCCUCCAAUAAACUCAACUCGCUGCAGGACUCCCUGAACGCCCCCUUACAAUGAAGGGGAGCUUAAGUCAGGCUCGGGGGAGGUGGUGAGUGUGAUCACGAGACUCGCUCGCAGCUGGAAAUGAUGGCUCUUGGCGGCACUCAGUGGAAUUUAACACACUACACCUACACCUGCAGCAGAGGAGGCCUGGAAUCUGACACACUACACUUCUACCUGCAUGGGCCCAAAGGCUGCAUACAGAGCAGUGGAAUUUUAGUCUGAAGCACCUUCAAAUACUAAAUGCUCAUAUUUCAACCCCGCUGGUUUGGAAGAAACUGAGAAAACAAAAAGGAAGUGUUCUGCAGUCUUGCUGCAGGGAUUCAUGACCCACAAACCUUUGUAUUUUGCAGAUAAUUUGUGUCGGUUUUUGUUUGUUUAUGUUUCUGCAGU